CCCCUUGUUUUAUUAGGGUUUAAGGUGGAAUUCAUAUGCGGUGGAGAAGCGUAGAGAGGAGCUUCGAAUCGGAAGCUGAAUCGCAGAAGAGAAUGACAGGGAAUAAGCCAGUUAUUGGACUUUCAUGGGAGCCAAAACUACCUCCCCUGUCUUCUGCAACCAUGAAACUGUCUGAUAACAAUCAGAAUCUCCCAGAGCGUAGUUCGCUCUAUAAACCAGAUACGGACCUCGUUGAUGGGCUCUUCGUCCCACCCAACAAUCCCAGAAAGUUGAACAAGCUUCUUAGGAAGCAAGUCAAAGAUACAUCUGGCAAAAAUUGGUUUGACAUGCCUGCCCCAACCAUGACCCCGGAGUUGAAGAAGGAACUUCAGUUAUUGAAUUUAAGAGACGUGAUUGAUCCAAAGAGACACUACAAGAAGGGUGUUUCAAAAUCGAAAGUGCUCCCUAAAUAUUUCCAGGUGGGCACAGUGAUAGAGUCAGCAUCAGAUUUCUUCUCGGAUAGGCUGACCAAGAAGGAGAGGAAGGCAACCUUAGCAGACACAUUGCUUUCUGACCAUACACUUGGUCAAUACAGGAAGCGCAAGGUUCGAGAGAUUGAAGAGCAAAACCGACCUGGUGGAAAUGAUAAAUGGAAGAUAAGGGGACGGCAGUCAUGGAAGCGUGCAAAGCAGAGAAGACACUAAAACAUUUGCUUGUGUACUAAACCUUCUUUUAUUGCAUUUGAAGAGCACAUCAAUAAAACAUUUUGCAAGUUGCUUAUAUGCCCUUGUAUCAUGGUUGUACAAACACCAAUCUAUUCUUGCUCCAGUGGAGUCAGAGACCAUCCUUGCUAAGUGAUACAGUGAUAGAAUUUGAUGGUGUUGUAGCUGCCAUUUGGGCGGCAAGGCAUGCGGGAAAAGCUUCUCUAAGCCUUUUCUAAAUUUCGUUUUGAUCAUCUGAUUGAUCUGGGUAGUUAUAUUUCAGUUUGUAGUGGGUGGGUGCUAAGCUAUGAUGUAAAAGCUAGCACAGGAUGCACCAACGACAAAAGGUUCAUAGUUAUUUCAGCAGUGCAGCAGGGGAAUUGUGGAACGGGAACAAGGGCAAUCACCAAAACGGUGCGUUUAUUCAGAAUCAAGAAAACCUCCUAGUAGGAAAUUUCUGCCUGUAUUUAUGUAAAAUUAGGCGUUUACUGAAAGCAAAAAUUUCCCCUAAUCAACUUGUGCAGUCUUUUGAGUUUGUAAUUUGUUGGGUCAGUUGGGCUUUGUUACUGGUCGCUUUAUAGUGAUAACAUUCACAAUCGAGGAUGGUCAUUCUUA